AUGAUGAUUAAAUUAAGUCAAGACGAAGCCGAGAUCUACGAUCGACAGAUCCGUUUAUGGGGCGUGGAUGCACAACAAAGAAUCCAGAAUGCCAGCGUAUUGGUUGCAGGAGUACGUGCUUUGAGUAACGAAUUGUGCAAGAACUUGGCUUUGGCUGGUAUUGGAAGUAUCACAUUGCUCGAUGACAAGGUCGUGGACGAUGACGAUUUGGGUGUCCAGUUCUUUUUGGAGGAAGGUGCGCGUGGAAAAAAUCGCGCAGAGGCAGUAGCACCAGCUAUACGUGCUCUUAACCCGCGUGUCAAGGUCGAGGUGGAUCCAUCCAACGUCGCUGACAAGCCGGAUUCCUUUUUUCAAGCCUUUGACAUUGUUUGUAUGAUCCAUCAAGAUGCAGCGGCCUUGAUCCGUGUUAACCAGGCAGUACGCAAGGCCGACAAGCGUAUCCCUUUUUAUGCCGCUGAUGCUUUUGGUUGGGUUGGAUACAUCUUUUGUGAUCUAGCAAAACAUGAAUACAUCGAAGAGAAGGAAAUAUCAUCGUCGCAAUCAGAGGAGACAACAACAAAGCGCAUCCAGCAUGUAGAAGAAUAUGUGACUCUUGAAGAAUCGUUACAAGUCGACUAUUCCAAUAUACCAACAAACAAACUCAAGAAGAAAUCAGCCCUUGGUUUUGUUAUGCACAUGAUACUCAAGCACGAGCUCAAGCACAAUCGGCCAAUCACGGGAGUUGAUGCUGAGGACCUGAUAAAGAACAAGAGCGUUGCUUUACAAGAAAUGGGCAUUUCCGAUGGAAGCUUCAUUGAUGAUGAUCUUAUCAGUCAUGUUGUGUCCCUUUUCGAUUCUGAGUUAGUUCCUGUCACGGCUAUUGUUGGUGGCGUUUUAGCACAAGAGAUGAUCAAGGUUCUUUCACAAAAGCAGCUGCCGAUCCAAAAUUGGUUCUAUUACAAUGGCUUAUCUGACUCUGGCAUGGUCCAUUGCGUACGAAAUGAAGAGAAGCCAGCUGCCAAAGAAGCGCCUCAGGAUACGAUAGUUUUAUAA